CAUCCCCACUGAUACGUAUCAAACUGUGUAGUGGCAUUCCAUUUUCCGCGCGUUGGCGACGUACUUCGCUCCUUCCUGAAUCAAGAUGUGCUCCGCCCAAAUGGCCCUCGCCAUUUUGAUUGGCAUUGCCACCAUUGAAACUGUGACUGGUUUUAGUAACGGUAUGGUUGACAAGUCCUGUGGCACAAUGUUGCCCCUACAUGGUUCUCCCACACCUGAGAGUGGUCCGUUUAGUGUCCUAAAACAUUUCUGUUCCAGUGCUGCAGGAGAUGAGACUAUAGUGUCACUCCAAGCUGAUCCUGCCACUCCGUUUAAAGGGUUUCUGUUGGAGGCUAGGGAAUCACAGGAUGGACCUGCUGUUGGCACCUUCACUCUGCUCACUCCCGCUCAUAGCCGCCUUCUUGAGUGCAAUGGCAAUCCAGCAGCUGCUGUUACUCAACCCAACAACCAAGCCAAGACAUUCAUUGAAGCCAAGUGGAGAGCACCAUACAAUGGACUUUUCUAUUUCAGAGUCACAUUUAUUAAAAACAUGAAGAAGUUCUGGAUACCAGAGGCCAUUAACAUCACCACCUGUCCUACUACUACUACUACCCCUAUUACUACUACUACUAUCACUACUCCUACUAUCACUACUACUAUCACUACUACUACCCCUAUUACUACUACCACUACUACUCCUACUACUACUCCUACUACUCCUGCUAUCACUACUCCUACUAUCACUACUACUACUAUCACUACUACUACUCCUACUAUCACUACUCCUGCUAUCACUACUCCUACUAUCACUACUCCUACUCCUGCACUGCACACAUCUGCACCCUCUACGUGUAUGCUUAUUAGCACUCUCAUUCGGCCUUCACUCUUGGUAAUGAGUCUUCCAAAAGGCCAGACACUUUGGCAUAAGUUGUUCAAGAUUUUGUUGUGUCCUCUCUCAAUGGUUGUAGCCAUCAUUGCCUUUAUUCUUUUGCUGCUAUGGGAGCCAAUACAAAUAACUCUUGUGGCUGUUGUGGGUGUGGCAAUGGUCCUGAGCUUGGGACAAACGAUUGUUGUUUUUCUACCCUUUGGGCCCAGCCACGAACUGAGGUCCAUCUGUGAUUUGGUUCUCAGAGUGAUUGCCUUCACAACGGAGGUUUUUACCAUGGUGGCCAUAUUUGUGGGUCUGGAGGAAAUUGAGAAGUGCUGCUCGAUACACUGGCGCAUGAAAGUGAUGGGAGGGUAUACAGCCUGGGUGGCUCUGUUCUACUUGAUGUUCAUAUACCUCUGUUGCAACCAGAGUUACCAGAAGAAAAGAAAUUCAGGAAUUGAUGACAAAUGGAUUGUGCCAAAGAGAACGACAAUCUCUUUUGAAAAAAUCCUCAAAGUUAUCCUCGUUCUGGGCAACUUGGGUUUUACAGUGGCUCUUAUCAUUGGAAUAUAUACUUAUGAGACAUAAGGACGGUGUAAAGCAAGAGGUUUGCGUCGUUACAUUAAAACAUGUAUUAUGACAGUAGGUUUAUACUGUAGAUACGUGUUAUCCACUUGGUAACAUAUUGUAUGUCACACAUGCACUUUAACCCUUGUUUAUCAUUGUUUAUUUUUGGUUUGGGUUACAAUACACGUUUAUACUGUAUCAUGAAUACUUAGAUGUUUUACUAUAGCUAAAUUUCAAUCCAUAUGGCAACAGAUUUUCAUGCAAUUAUUCUAAAAUCCACAUAAAACAAUAUGCACAUUUUUCCACCAUAGUUGUUUUCAUCAAAUUGACUUGUUGCACAUAAAAGGAUGUGUGAGAUUACGUAGUGCACAUAAAAAUACCUUUUGCGGUUAAAUUCCCAUGUACCGAAUAAAACAAGUUAAAUGGG